AUGUCCCGCCCUACACCUCGACCGACUUAUGCUCCCGAUCCUAACGGAUGGAUAGACACCGCCCCUUCUUCAUCCCGUCGAAUGACCCAACGUCCGUUGAUAUCGUACAACCACGGUAUAGCUACACCUUUGAGCUCGGGCUACAGAUCGGCCAGACCUGGACCUGGGCCUACUGCAAGCGCAAACAUCAGAAAGCGACUGUACGAACAAACACCUCUGGGACAGGUCAAAGAUAGACAAGGAACUCUGAAUAGGUACUUGAAUACUCCUUCAACGAUGUCCGACAAGGAACGUAAACUACCGCUGAGCGAUAAAGAUACUCCUGUACAAUCUCACAAUUCGGUCAGAAGCGGGUUAAUCUUCGGUAGCAAGAAGAGAAACCAGACGGACCAGGUAGCAGGACGAGGUGUCCAAGGAAGUAAAUUGAAGGAUCGUGAUGAUUUUUGGCAAGACUAUGAUACAGAAGAAGACGAUUUGCAGAAGACGGCAAAGUCAAUGAUGGCUAGUCAGAAAAGGGGUAUCUCUCAGAGGAAGGUUGUAGAAAAGGAGGAUCAUGUGCGAUUGCCGCUCAUCAGUCAAAAGCGAUCUCUGAAGAAGGAUGAAGUUCCAACUGCCAAAAUCUCUAAGAAGACGAUUGAUCGACCUGGAACUCCUUCGUUGCGCAAAGAGAAGAAAUUUGAGAUCGUUGGAAAUGUGAUAGAACCCUCUUUACCGCCGCCGGCUCAAUCAACUCGAUCUCACGAUAAAUCAUCAAGAUCGCAAAAAUAUGGCAUGACAGGAACACCUGCCCAAUCUACUCGUUCUCACCACAACAACAGAUCACCUUCAUCCACGCCUCCUCGGAAGUCUCCUUCACUACCUGAACUUACACCAUCACUAUCACCCGAGCUGGAGACUGAACCUACUCAACCUCGUGCACCCUCAUCAUCACCUGGUCCAUUCGAUCCGUUGUCUCCUCCCGAGCGUACGCCUUUGAUCUCAAAGAUUUCUUCACCGCCACCACCUAUCACACCUAUACCCGACUGGGUCAUGAACAACCAUCGACAAGUGAACGGUAGGAACCCUUCACAGUUCGCUGCUAUCCCUUCGCCCUGGCGUAGGAGGGACGAGCACCCACAUCCGCCUGAUGACGAGCCACCCCAGGCCAGCGACGGGAAGGUGAAAAAGAGGAAACGGGAGAUUAGCAAAGUUGAAGAGGUCGAUAGAAGAGUUCUUUUAGCUGCUCAUGAGAAAAGGCAUAAGACGCCUUCACCGGGGAAUAAGGAGAAGAGAUUGGUCGAUCUAUCUUCUUCUGAUCCCCCGUCUUCUGAACCUAUGCUCGAAGACGAAGAGAAGAAAGCUCCUAGUGAGGCUCCCUCUCCCUUGAGAAAACCAUCAAAAGCAAGUGGGAGAGAAGGAAGAAAAGCGUUGACACCUAUCAAAGUCAACGCACUGCGAGGUACGAUCAGUUCUUCAAAUAUCGGUAGAAAGCCUUCGCAGCGAUCUCCCAUCACACCUCGCAGAAGACCGAGGAAAGGUCCCAUACCUGUUUCACCCCUACCGCGAACAUCCAUAAUGCAAAUGCAAAGAGAUCAAGAGACCGAAAGGGAGAGGUCGCUAUCACCAUCACCUAUCAAGACGACUUCCAAGGUAUUUCCAAGAUUAUCAGGCAGAUCACCUUCCCCUGCUAUUGGUUUUACGAAUCGAAUAGACGAGGUUGAAGAGAGAGAGCAAUUACAUGCAAAAUUGAAUAAAGCAGAAAAUGUUGGUAGAGGCUCUGAACCGCCCCAUACUCCUCGGAAGCCCUCUCCUAAGAGGUAUCAACUUCAGAUCACCCCACCUAAAGCUCGAUCCGUCCGACCCAAAUUGACAGAAACGCAGGAAACACUCUUCGUACUUCCUGAUCCACCGGCUCAACCUCGAUUUGCUACGCCUCGACGAGGAGGAAGAGCGGAUGAUGGUCCUAGGGAAUGGAAAGCCGCUGAGAUGGUGCCUGAAACACUGUUAGAUUGGGGAUUGGAACCUGAGUAUGUGGACACCAAGGAUGGGAUCGAAGCUGAAGAUAAUGCAUUGCCUGAAGAAGAAGCGGUACAGGUACAAGAUGAACGUGACAGGGUACAGAACCAAUCUCAAACUCCUGAACCACCCUUGUUCAGUCCGGGUUUGAAGGAUCAUUCGCCGGAGCAUGGGAAGGACAGAAGACCAAGCUUCGGGCAUAGAUGGUCAGGUAAAAGUAUUGAGCCUACUGCGCUUUCUCAGGACUUUCCUAGACUAUUGGCUUCUUCCCCUACUUCUUCGCGCGACCAGGAGGCUUCACCCGCUCAUUCCACUCCUUCGUUGGCAGCUGGGAGAGAUCAAGAUGGUACAGAUAAAGCGAUACGGGAAGACCCUCAAUCAGAUGCGAUGAAACCGAAACCUGCCUCUAGCUCAAAAUGGGAUCAUCUUCAUCGAGGAAUUCUAGCCGCCGGUACAUCACAGACACCGAAUGCUUCUCAAAAGCAGAAUAAGAAGAGAAAAUCCCGCUCAACUACCGACGAAAAGGCACAACAGAGUAAACUUGCUUCGUUUGGAUUUUUCAAUGAUAGACCUAACAAAAGGAUGAUCAGGGAUUUUGAGAGGAAAUGGGAGGAUGAGGAAGAUCUUGAUAUUGAUAUACCUGAAGAUGAUCAGGUCAUCGAAGCUGGCCAUGAAGAAGAGAAAGGCAAAGGCAAGAAAUUGGAUAAAGUACCUUUGCCACCUCUUCAUCCUUCUUUACGACCUGCUGGGAUCAAAGAACUGCAAAGGCGAGAACGAGACAGAUCUAGAUCUGAGUCUAGGGGACUACUAGAUCCAGGGAUUACGCCAAAUAGGAAGAACACUACUACCACCGCUGCUGCUGCUAUGACUUUGUCAUCGCCCGAACCACCUUUAUUUGAUAUGCGCACGUCAAGUCUGACGAGUGGUACUGGUAGCUCUCAGACUAGUUGGUCAAAGACUCCUGGAUCGACGAGAGAAUGGUGGGAUAAGUUGGGUAACAGACGGACAAGCGAGUUUGGUACGAUGGAAUGA